GUGCUGGCAGGUUUACCUCACUGGUGCCAGCUGUCGCCUUAUUUUGGGACUGAUACCAGCGCGACGUUUACUUCACCGAUGCAUUGAUGGUUACAGCAGAGUCAAAUUUGAUAUUUUACGGCGAGAUUUAGCUACAAUGAUGAGCGAUAAUGAAUAAUUAGGUACCAGGACGUUACGGCACUUCAUACUCGGACUGCAUUGAUAGCGAUCGAAAUUGGAAGCCUUGGCGAGUGACGUGUGGGAGGUGUGUCGAAACGAGUCAUUUUGAACACGGCUUCAUACAAGUCGGAUUUGAUCGGACUGCAUUGCUUGUCACCAAGACCCCAGAUUGGGACUGGUUCCGCUCCCAUGACCUUCGAACCCUGUACAAGUGACGUCGUCACGAAGGAGGCGUACGACAUGACGAGAUGAAGAUCGAGCUCUAUUUGGAACUCCCACAAAACCGAUAUGUUCAUUAAGACAUUUCUAUACUUGCUGCUAUGUGCUGCUUAUUUGGAGUGUUCCACCAGUGUACCAGUACUUAGAGAUGACGUGGAUCCGCUGGUAACCGGCCUUGAAGAUGGAGAUGUAAGAACAGUAAAUACAAUUCAGGAGAUUCGUAGCCAUGAUAUGACAAACGAUUCGUACGAAUUUUCAAUUUCAGAGGAUGAUAUAACAAAAUCUAAAGAAAAACAGAGUAAGAAGCAAGAUCUGAGACAGAGUUAUGAAGAACUUGAAGCACAGCAUGUCGGACAAACGAAAAACGCAGCGCCGGAGGAUAACGGUACAGCAGAAAGUGGCAGAGAUGAUUCCAGUCGGAUUCUAAUGUAUUCGGUGCCAGUCACUGCAGUGGCGUUCGUAAUUGUGUGCGUCGCCGUGGUUAUAAGGUGCCGAUCCAUCCGCGCAGAUCAGAAGAAAAAGUUCGGCCCUGGAACAGAGUUCACCUUAGGCGCCGUAUUCAGACGUAAUAAAAUAAAAGGCUUCCACAGGCUGAGUACCACCGACUCUGACACAGAGGAUCUUUCUGAGGGGUCAAUAUUUUGAAUUGCAAUAAUGUUUAGUCCCUAAGAAUCUACAAGAACCUACUGCUAUUUCAGAAUUCUGGAUUCUAGACGAUUAACUAUUGGAAUAUCACUUUAUUCACCCUAAUUGUACUAACCCCAUAGACUACGAUUACGAUUAAAUAUGGUUCAAUGCUCAAUCACUGUUAAAGUUGAGGUACGUUUAUAAUGCAUUGCACCACAAAUCUUAAUAUAACAGUGCGACUGUGGAAGUGCUUGGGUAUGGCAAUUGGUAAUACAUGUUAUUACUUUCAGAACAUUUACAUAACAUUCAGAAUAUUUACGCGAGCGAGGACGUAUUGAUCGAAGUUAUUGGUGGGUGUGUGUAAUCACUGAUUGGUAUUUCGUGUUAAUAUACUGGUAUAUUAAAUAAGCACGGUGAUGAUCGGGUAAAGUGGGUCCAUCGUCUCUGCAACAUUACUAUACAGAGUGCAUAAUUAUUAUAUUGCAUCGACUGGUGCUUGACUUAUAUAUAAUUUCAUUUUAUAAACUUUUUACGGGAACUCGGCGUAGUCCGAUAUGCUCAGGUCACUUGGAAUGGGAUAGGUCUUCGUGUGCUGGGUAGGAAUGGUUUGCUAUUUCUAUCUUAUAAUGAUCGUAUCAGAAAUAACUCAGUGGCUGGUCAUGAUUAUGUAUUAAUACAAUAAACUAUUAUACGGUGGCCCAAA